CAGGCCAGCCUCCAUGCCCAAACACCAUAUAUAUAUAAACAGCAGCUUGCAUGAAACUCAGACUUAUUUCUGCAUUGAAGCACAGUGACUUGCACUAUCUAAAAUCUCAGUGACUUUACAGAGUAUUUUAGACAAUUGUAGACUACAAGUGAACAGAUCUAAUUGUGGCCAAACAGUGAGACAGUAAACAAUCAUAGAUGGAGCUGCUGAAAACUGCCCUCAUCAUCAUCCUUUUUACAGCAACAUCUGCAAAGCCAAUUCGCCAGUAUCAUGAUGCCGACAUUGCUGACAAGGACCAGACACAUGGAUUGCUUUGUGGCAUUAACAAGUUAUUUUCUCUCAACAUGUCUGAGGACUCUGAUGAAUCCUCAGAAAGUCUAUCUUCUGAGGAGUCCUCUGAGGAAGCCAUUAUUACAACUGAGUUGCCCCCACUGGUCAUGACCACAACAGCUAUGGCAAUCUUUACCUCAGGAGAUGGGAGUACCUUUGUCCCUGAGCCAGACACAGCAAACACUGAGGAACCAACAAUGACGGUUAUCAAGACAACAGUGAACACGACUGUGCCUGAGGAUCACACAUCAUCAUGUACCUCUCUAUGUUUUACAGAAGAGAUUCCAACACCAGCUCCCAUUACAGAAACAAGGGGAGAUGCCUAAGUGUAAAAGAAUAGAUAAUCAUUUUCAAAAAAGUAUUGGCACUUUUUUAAUCUUUUACAAGAACUAGAUCUUAUUAGUUCUAAUGACAGCUGGUUAAAUCUGAAAUAGGGAAAAAUCAUUUGUUUUGAAGCACAUUCUCUUCAUAUAGGGUUUUGCCUAUAAAUGCAUACAUAUAUUCAAAAUUAUGACUGGUACUCUUCUGUUUAUGUUUUUCUGUUUAAUAUAAAAGAAGGUGCAUCAUUAUGUGCUGAAUUUAUGUUUACAAGCUUUAUUGAUGUGCCUUUUCUCAGUCUCAACAUGAUAUUGUAGACAUGCUGUACUUCAACUACCAAUUUGUAAUGCUGUCACUGAAGUCACUGGAUGAUAAAUUAACCCAAGAAAUAAUCUGUAACUCGUGUGCAUGCUUUCUUUUCCUUUGUCAAUUGUUCUGAUAGUUGGUUCUCUGUUCUGUGGACAAAAAUAAUAAACAUUAUCCACAAAGAUCUGCUAAACUACAGGGUAAUUAAGUCCCACGGUGCUAUUUAAAGAAAUCUGUUUAAAACAAUCAUAUAAGAUUCAGAUUUGCAUUUCAACUAAACAGACUGAAAAGUGUCUUUUCAUGAAGUUGGAUUCAGAAUAUUUAUUAUAGAGCAGUGUGUUUAUAGACUGUGGAGGGUGUGUCAAGUUUUUGUUGUUUGUACAUGCUUACAAUGGGUUCUUGCCACAAUGGGUAUUUUGAUUAUAGGUUGUAAAUAUAUCUAUUUCCUGAUUAAAUGGAGCAUGCAUGGCAAAAACAAUGCCUUUAUUGCAUUCUGUUCUAAAUAAAUUUUGGUAACU